UCGUUUGGAACUUUGGAUCUGGUUUCGAGAACUGAAGUGGAACAGAUUCAGUGAGCAGUGAGGAUCAGUCUACUGUCAUUGGGUACUCGACAGUCCACAUAAAACUCCAAUCCGAGAAGAUGGAAGGUGCUCCUACUGCUAUAAAUGUUGACCUUGCUCCCAAUUUCAAUGUCCCUGAACAACCUGUCCAACCUCAACCUGAACAACCUGGUAAUGUUGAGGAGCUUGAAGCUCAACCCCCUCACACUAGUGAAAGGCUUGCUGAUAGGUUGUUUGAUUGUCUUUUGGAUUGGAACAUUGAU